AUGGCUUGCGCGACAAAGGCCACCAUCAUCCUCUUCCUUGCGUUCGUCAUCUGCUGCCAAGCAGAUACGGACCGCCCUGGCGCCUGUAAGCUGUCGGAUCUCCACAUCUCGGUGGUGAAAACAGGGAAGGAAGUGCAGGGGCAGCCGGAGUACCAGGUGACCAUCGACAACCAGUGCUCGUGUGCGCAGGCGAUUGUCACGGUGCACUGCGACGGCCUGCCCAGUGUCGAGCCUGUCGACGAGGGGAAGAUCCGCACAGAGGAUGGCGGGGUUUGCCUCGUCAACGACGGCUUGCCGAUCGCUAAAGGAUCGCCCGUGGUGUUCACCUUCGCGGGGAAGACGGCGCCCGAUUUCGCGCCCACCAUGGCCGUGCCGCAUUGCUGA